AUGAGUGCUCUUCGCGGAGCUGCGGCCGACCUUGUCGGCCUUUUCUCCAGGACAAGAGGCCCUUCAUACCACAAAUUGAACUACGAGGGCCCCGAUGAUCCCGAAUCCGGCUCUCCCCAAAGAUCCGCAUCCCGCCGGGGUCUCCUUACCCUUUGGCCCGGUCGAUUGUCACCGAAGGGCCUGCUCGGUAUUGUUGCCGCCACUUGGCUCAUUCUUCUCUGCAUAUUUUACGGUAGCAACCUUCAAAUCUCACAAACGGCACCAACACCGUCAACCGGAACCGGAACCGGAACCGACGUCGCACCCGACUCACCUCCCCACAACGCGGUACCAGGUCAGGGCAAUGCCGACUCCGAAAACGACCUCGCUCUACCACCCACCACUACCACCCCCUCCACAGCACAUGCACCCUCCGCAUCCCCCACCUCUUCCACCUCUCCCGCCCGGACCCCCGGCCACCGCAACCUCCGCAUCAUCCUCCCCGCCGACGACCCGAACCCCAACCUCUGCAAGACCAUCUUCGCCGCCAUAGCCAACGGCUACCCCGCCCCCGUCAUCGCCAACUGGGGCCGCGACUUCAAGAAAACCGACAAAACCUUCGGCGGCUUCGGCGGCAGCCACCUCGGCAAGCUCGACGGCACCCUCGCCGCCCUGGAAGCCCUCUCCUCCACCACCACCCCGCCCGACGAGCGCCUCCGCCCGGACGACCUCGUCCUCAUCAUGGACGCCUACGACGUCUGGAUCCAGCUGCCCCCCUCCGUCCUCAUCCGCCGCUGGCUCGCCCAAAACGCCGCCGCCGCCUCCCGCAUCCGCGCCGCCUGGCCCGCCGACGCCCAAGGCGCCGCCUCCCCACCCCUCCAAUCCGUCAUCCUCUCCACCCAGAAGAAGUGCUGGCCCACCAAAGCAGACGGCUCCGACACCCACUGCGACAUCCUCCCCGAGAGCACCGCGCGCGGGGGCCUCUACGGCCCGGACACCGACAAGCCCGACGCGCCGCUGCAGCACCGCCGCCCGCGCUACAUCAACAGCGGCAGCAUGCUCGGACCCGCGCGCGACGCCAUCCGCAUCCUCCGCCGCGCCAAGGCCAAGGUCGAGGCCAGCCGCGCCGCCGGGCUCAACCUGUACAGCGACCAGGGCAUCUUGGGCGAGAUACUGGGCGAGCAGGAGGUCUGGCGCAAGGCGCAGCGCGAGCGGACCGCGGCUGCUUCGGAGGUCCCGGAAGCGAACCCCGGGGGGGCGGAGACCUGGGAGUACGGCAUGGGACUCGAUUACGUGCAGGAUCUUUUCGUCCCCACCGUGUUCAUGGAGGAUGACGGCGAGUACCUCGUGCUGGCGAACCAGACCGCCGUCGACGAGGCCUCCAGGGCGCAUAAAGUCGACCCGCCCCGCUUGUCCGGCGUGCCGCGGGACGUCCUGGCCUAUGCGCCCUCGCCGCUGAUCCUGGCGGGCGUGCAACCCGAAACCGGAGCCGAAGGGGAAGCGGAAGCGGGCGACGACCAGAACAACAACAACACCAACAACGAGUGGCGAAACGCCACAGGCUGGGCCGACGUCCCGCUGUACGCAGACUACUGGAGCACCCAGGUCCCGGUAGGCGUGCACCACAACGCGCACCGGGGCGGCAUGAAGGGUCGCCGCCUGCGCGAAUGGUGGUCCAAGACCUGGUUCUUCCCGUACCUGCGCGACAUUGUGGCCACCCGAUCGCAACCGCGCGACGCGCGAAAGCCGCUCGUCACCAUCCCGGCCGCCGAGGUCGACGAGAGCGAGGAAGGCCACGGUCACGACCUCGUCUAUUGGGCUCCGGAAGCCGAUAUGCGGAAACCACUGCCCCGGACCUUCAACCCGGAUGAGGCUGAGGGCGACGGCGACAGCGACGGCGACGGCGACUUCUUGCCCGAGGCUGGCUGGGAUGCGCUUUGCCAGGCCGUGGGCACAGAUGAAGACGACUGGUGGGAUGUCAUUUUUCAGGACGAUAAGGGUCCCCUAGGCCAGGAGGGGCAAGGGAGGGAGCCCGGAUCAAAGUAA